AAGAGUGACUCAGAGCAGAGCAGAAAGGGCCGAACAGGGAAGGGAGUUGUUCUCUCCUCGCCCACCCAACUUGGGUGCCUCCAGACUCCUUGAAUUAGGGCGCCUCCUUUUCUUUCUCCCGGAUAAGCCCCUUCGGAGAGGUCGAAGCCACUGUCGGGGGUGCAGCUCUUCCCUCAAGCAAGGCUCGCCGCCAUGGAGAAGGCGCACGGGAUAUUCGGCGACAAUUUUGGGGGCUUCCUGAGGCCACGCAGCGAGCCCCUGGGCUUCUCAGCGGGCCGUGCUGGAGGGAUGGGGAACAUCAAGACCUUGGGGGACACGUACCAGUUUGCAGUGGACGUCAGCGACUUCUCCCCUGAAGACAUCAUCAUCACCACAUCGAAAAACCAGAUUGAAGUCCACGCAGAGAAGCUGGCAGCGGACGGGACCAUCAUGAACACCUUCACCCACAAAUGCCAGCUGCCUGAGGAUGUGGACCCCACUUCCGUCACUUCUGCCCUGGGUGGGGACGGCUCCCUGACCAUCAAGGCUCAAAAGCGCCCCGGCAAGCACAUCGAGCACGUCCAACAGACCUUCCGGACUGAAAUCAAAAUCUGAGCAUCCCCCAUCGCCCCAUAGCAACUGGGGGACGGCCUGGGGGUGAGGGGGGGUUGGUUGGUUUUGGAAGGUGAGCGAAGGGGUUGGGCUCACCACUCCCCCCCUUUGGCCAUUCUCCUUUGUAUAUAAUAGAUUGCCUUUGGUUUGUUAUAAAUUAUUGGGGAUACCGGUA